AUGAUUGAAUCCGACAAUGUAGGUGCGGACGUCGAGAUGAAUACGCGGCUUUUGGACGACGACUCGAAAGAGCAGACAGCAGCUGUUGCCGUGCCUGCUGAAUCGCCCAAGGGGUUACGGAAACAGGCGAUUGACGUGGCAUGUAUUAUGCUGAAUAUAACCAGUACAGUUACGCUCGUGUUUUUGAAUAAAUGGAUCUUCCGCGACCCCCAAUUGAAAAACAUGCAGAUAUGCUUUGCAAUGUGGCAUUUCACUUGCACAUCGAUAGUCCUAUGGAUAGCUAGUCAAACACCCUUCAACCUAUUUAUCCCCGUCCGCCUACCGUUCCUACAAAUGGUACCGUUAUGCAGUUUUUUUGCCGGAUUUUUGAUACUGGGGAACUUGAGCUUGACAUACAACUCCAUUGGAUUUUACCAACUAGCGAAAAUCAUGACCACUCCCUGCGUAGCCCUCCUCCAAUACCUCGUCCUCAACAAAUCCACAUCCCUCCUUACCCUCAGCACUCUCGCAAGCGUGUGCAUCGGAGUAGCCCUCACAAACACAGGAGCAGCAGGUACAACGACGCUCGGCGCGUCGAUAGCAACUGCUGCAUUCACAGUCACCGCAUUCUACCAAGUGUGGAUCGGGAAGAAGAUGAAAGAUUUCUUCGUUUCGAGCCCGCAACUACUGCUUAACCAGGCUCCGAUCUCCGUGCUGCUGUUGGCGUUCUUGGCGCCGGUUUUGGAUACCGUGCCUGAUGUGAAGAAGAUCCCGAGGGAUACGCUUGUGGCGUUGUUUUUGUCUGGUCUUGCUGCUGCUUUGCUGAAUUUGUCGCAGUUUUUAAUCAUUGGACGUAUGAGUGCGUUGACUUUUAACGUUGCGUCCAACGUCAAAACUGUUAUUAUCCUCACUUACGGCUGGGCCAGCGAAGGUCGAGUUCUAACUGUAAAAGACGCCCUUGGAAUCGUUCUAGCGCUAGGCGGAGCCACGUUUUACUCGCAGCUGUCUCAGAACUAA